AUGGGUUGGGUUUAUAACCUCCACCGGACGGAGCCCAACAGCUCCAUUUCGGAGGUGAUCGCCAUCAGCUUAGUUUUUGCCAUUCUGGCUCUGCUAGCCGUGUGCCUCCGAUUCUAUGUGCGGAUCCGGAGCAAACGUUUGCCGUGGUAUGAUGAUUAUGCUGCACUAGCUAGCUCGCUCUUAACAUUGGGAUAUGCUGGAAUCGCGGUGGCUCAAACGCGAUGGGGUCAGGGAUUGACGGCAGCGUACUUCCCACCAGAGAAUACCAUUACCUUUAGCAAGAUCCAAUAUGCAGGUGGCCCGGUUUACUGUCUCGAUGUGCUAGGCUUCAAGCUAGCUCUGUUGACCUCAUAUCUACGCAUUGCAGGCGUGGUGAACCUCUAUCGGAAAAUAAUCAUUGGGGCUAUUAUUCUUUGUGUGAUUAAUCAAUUGAUUUUCGCCUUCAUCAUCUCCAUCUCGUGUAUACCGGUUGCCAAACAAUGGAACUCGUCGCUUAAAGGCCAUUGUAUCAAUACUCAGCCAUUUUACUUUGCUCUGGGUGGUACCAGCAUUACCUUAGAUGUCAUCAUCAUCGCCCUUCCUCUCCCAGUCCUGUGGAAGUUGCAACUUCGAACAAAGCAGAAGAUAUUCUUGGUUGCCUUGUUUGCCCUCGGAUUCUUCGUCACCAUCGUCCAAGUCAUUCGAAUUCUCACCGUGAAGGACUUGAAAACCUAUACCGACAGCAAGAAUAUAGUCAUUUGGUCGUGCGUGGAGAUCAGUCUUGGGGUCGUCGUCAGCUGUAUUCCCACCUACGGGCCGCUCUUCAGGGAAUUCGCAUCUACUGUUAACUCGUACCGAAACCGCCAAAGCGGGCGUUCCUAUCAACUCGGCUCUAUGCCUGAGUCCCGCUCUGGCCCAGGAAACUCUCGGCGCAGAAGCGAGUUCGAGAUCAUGGCAGACGGUGAAGUGACAACAGUCACGACGAUUGGAUCUGGAGAUAGGAAAGCCAUCAAGGAUACAGACAGUGAGGAGCAUAUUCUUUCCGGGAAUGAUAAUCUCAAGGUGUAUGUAACCUCAGAGUCGUCAAUCAACGAAUCCUGA